CAGCCUUCAUCUGCUCUCUCUCCCUGUCUGUCUGUCUCUCUCUUGGUAUGAGUGUAGUAGGAUAUGUUGCAUGCUAGUUUGAGAGUAUAAUGUGUGUGGUGCUUCUAGGGAGUAAAGGGCAUGAGAUACAACUUUGUAUUAGUCCAUUUACUUGAGCUUUUUGAAUAUUUAUCCCAGUGAUCUUUAUAUUGCAGUAGUACACUGAAGCUCCAUGCUUUGAAGAAUAUGCACUCCCAUUUCAUUCUUCUAUCGCAAGAACACCAUCCCAAGUAACAUCAUGGCAUAAAGCUAUUUUUUUUUUUUUACCAAUAUUCCAACAUUUAAACGAAAGAUGUCUUUUUGCUCUCGGUCACAUUCACUUGGUUGCUUACCAAGCAACGUAUUCUUUGAAGUAUUACAAGCACCUUUGUCCAAGAUUGAGUGUAUGGCCUAGCUCUAACCUCCUGGCUAUGGUGUCCCCCUAAAAAUAUUCAAGUUGAAACUUGAAAAAGUGCCAAUUCUUGAAGACAAUGAACAAUUUUCAUAUGAACAAUUUACCACGAAAGAACAAGAGCGCUUCAUAAUUAGAUUUGAGAAGUACUGGAAAUAUAUAUGAUUCGUCGACUUCCUGAAUAUGAGAAGUGUGUAGAAGUUUUCAAGACCAAAGUGAAUGAAAGUUUUUGAUCAACUGUGGAGGUUUUAAAGGAGGUUUCAGGUACUAUUUGUACAUUGAGGUUCCCUCUGAACUAUGGUCUCUCAUUUUCUGAAUGAACGCUGUGACAGAGCAAUGAAAGCAAAUUUGGAAUAUGAGCUCAUAUCUUCUCAUCUUUCCAUGUAAAGUUACAAACGCAUGAGUCUCGAUGGGAUUAGCAAAACACAAAGGAUUAAAUUCAGUUGUUCCCAAUGCAGCCAAAUGACUGCGGUCCAGUCCAUAUUUUUUGGUCUAGUUUUAAAUUGAGAUUGGCUCAUAAACUGUUAAAAGUUAAAAAAAACAAAAAACAAAAAAAAAACCUCGAGACGAACUCUGUCUUGAAGGGCGUGACGCAAUUGCGGGAAGAGUCCACUGUUUUAUAAUGGAGCUGGAGCCUUAUGGUCUUUAACACAUCAUUUCCUGAUUCAACCACGACCGUCUCUUAGACGUUAAACUGUAACAGGGCAGUAGUGAUUCAGGUACCGUCUGGGAUGCUAGACUGACCAAGUUUUGACGAACUCAACCGAGCUUUUCUCACUCUCUUGGGCAAGGUGUCAGGUUCAUUCUCACACCCACAUCUUAGUGGGACAGAGCAAGUCCUUAACCAGUGUUCCUAAUCAAAAGAUUAGGAAUGACAAAAGUGGCAGAAAGCAGCAGCAUUGCCAUGUGAAAAUUUUAUAGAGGUACAUAGGUGCAGCUGUAAGACCCACGAUUUUUAUUAAGUUUCCUUAAACGUUUGGAACGUUAAUUUGAUGAGGAAUCAUCAAAUGGAAGAUUAAAUGAUUUAUAAUGAACAUCUCAACUGUCAAGUUUAUCAUAAAUGAGAUGUUUUUGGGAAAAGAUAAGGAUAAUGAUGUAACUGCAAAGGAGAAAUCAUCGUUUUACUGUAGCAUUAGCGUGCAACAUUAGAAAGAGAGAGAGAGAACGGGUGAGAAACGUUUAUUGCUCUCUUGUUGGAACGGAGGCUCGUGGCUGCGGGAAGAGAACCAGAAGCAAGGGUUGUUGCUGGAAGUUGCUACAGAGUUUCAAAGUUCAAUGGCACGUACUAGAGGAGGAAAUGCUAGAGGCAGAGGCAGAGGCAGAGGACCUCGCAGCACUAGGAGUCGAAAUGUGGAGACUCGUUCUGCCAGAACUGGGACACCUGUUGGAAAUAAUCAACAACAACAAGCGUUCAUCAUGAACACAUUGCAUAUGAUGACGGGAGUGAUGCAGGGUCUGGUGCAGAAUGCUUCUACAGGAGGAACUAGUACAAACACAAACGGAACGACAAUUGGUGAGGCAAGGGGAGUAACUCACCAACAGUUUAUGAGUUUGCAUCCUCCGAAGUUUUAUGGGAAAGGCAUUGCGGACGAUGCCGAAGAAUGGAUAAAGGAAACAGAGGAGAUCUUUACCACCCUGGAAGUGCCUGACAACAAGAAGGUUCGGUAUGGAACCUUUAUGCUAAAAGGAGAUGCUAAGGAAUGGUGGCAGACGCAACGUGAGGUGAAGUUCGCAAAUCACGAAGCGACCUGGGGAGAAUUCAAGGAAGCCUUCACACAUGCCUACAUUCCAACCUUCACACGGGAGAAACGCAUGCAAGAAUUCCUGGACCUUCAACAAGGGAGUCUGAGUCUGCACGAAUACAUCGUCAAAUUCAGACAUUUGGAAAAAUGUUGCCCCUAUGUGUAUACUGCUGAUGCGGACCGAGCAAAUAAGUUCGUCAGAGGACUUAAAGACGGGUUGCAGAACCAAGUAAUUAGUAGUCGUCCGAGAGAUCUAGACGACGCUAUCGACAUGGCCACACGUCUUGAGGAGGGCUGGAACAGGAUGCAAGGGACAAACAAGAGGAGUGAAUUUAUGCGAUCCAAGUCGAGGCCAGACAUGCGCAGCGACAUGGUGAACCAAGGAGAUAGAUUCAAGAGACAGAGGCCAUCAACAUCCAGGCAGGACGAUGAAUGUCCCACAUGUCAUCGCCAACACCCGGGCAAACCAUGUUACAGAGAGGUCGGGGCAUGUCUCUAUUGUGGAAGGCGAGGACAUUUUAUUCGUGAGUGCCCGAAGAAGAAAGAGGCAGAACAGGGGCGAGGUGUAGCCAACCAACCAGCGGAGAAGAAGGUACCUGGGAGAGUUUACGCAACCACGGUUGAAGAUUUGAGAUCCACUGAUGUGAAUGAAGGUGAUAGACUACGAAUAAGUUGAGUUGCAAGAAGACAUGACAACAAAAGAACAACCACUGCAGAUAAUGGAUCGAAAGGAACAUGUGUUGCCAAAUAAGACCAUCUCAUUAGUUCAAAUAGAAUGACAACAUCAUAGAAUAAAAAAAAUGUACGUGGGAGUUAGAAGAGGACAUGAGAAAAAAAAAUGUACGUGGGAGUUAGAAGAGGACAUGAGAAAGAGUUAUCCCCAAUUGUUUCAAAAAAGUAUGCUCAAAUUUCGAGGACGAAAUUUCUUUUUAGGGGGGAAGGAUGUAAGACCCACGAUUUUUAUUAAGUUUCCUUAAACGUUUGGAACGUUAAUUUGAUGAGGAAUCAUCAAAUGGAAGAUUAAAUGAUUUAUAAUGAACAUCUCAACUGUCAAGUUUAUCAUAAAUGAGAUGUUUUUGGGAAAAGAUAAGGAUAAUGAUGUAACUGCAAAGGAGAAAUCAUCGUUUUACUGUAGCAUUAGCGUGCAACAUUAGAAAGAGAGAGAGAGAACGGGUGAGAAACGUUUAUUGCUCUCUUGUUGGAACGGAGGCUCGUGGCUGCGGGAAGAGAACCAGAAGCAAGGGUUGUUGCUGGAAGUUGCUACAGAGUUUCAAAGGUAUGGGAUUUUCAGUUAUGAAUGGUUCAUGUAGCUUGUAUCUUCUGAUGAUUUCCGGUGGAUAGCGAUUUAUAUGCAUAUUAUACUAGUCGAUCUACGCAUGCUAUACCAAUGUUCUUCGUUUCUAGCUACCUUUGAUUUCCUAUAGAUAGAGCAUGCUAAAUACUGAAUUGAAUUGAAAAAAAAAAACAGAGCAUGCUUAUCUGAUAUAAAAACACACACACAAAAAAAAAAGGGGUACGGUCUUUACUGAGGGGUUUCGACUGAAACCCCCGUUCAGUCAUCCCCUCCCGUGAAGAACGAGGCCUCGAUUUCCUUUUUCUUCUGCCACGGACGCCGACAGCAGGGGCGUUUUCUUCAAUCUUCUUGUUGCUGGAGAGCUCCAAGAGAAGGGAACACCGUGAUGGUUGUAACAGAAGCGGUUUGGGGGAAAACAGUAACCCUCCCGUCGUUCCUCCUUCCCUGCCGGUUCCUCCACACGUCGCAAGGCAGAGAUGAAAAACGGUAGCAGCAGAGGAGGCAGCGGCGGCUAAGAGGGUCGGACGGUCGAUUGGAAGCAGCGCACGAAGAACCCUAGCGUCAGGGCAGGGGAGGAAGACAAUCUCCUCCUCUCUGGUUCGUUCCCCUUUGAGGACGACGAAAGCUUCACCGUCGAGCGAACCAUGCGAGGAAGGAGCCUUGGCGCGAGACAGAGAGAUCUCUCUCUGGUUUUGGUCAUGGAAGCAAGGUGGAGACUCCACCACCGGACGAACACGAAGACGAGGAAGAGGCGCUCGUGAGGAGAGAGAAAACGCAGGCGUGAAAUGAAGAAAAACGAGCGUGGGCCAAAUUUAUAUCAAUGAUCAAAAAUUUCAAAGCGGGUCCACCUUAUUAUCAAAAUUUGCGAAAAAAACUGUUAUAACUUUUAAGCGUUCAUGCCGCAACGUUUUUGCUGAAAACCUCUUCAAAAAGAGGCUUGGGAAAGUGAUUUUCAGCAAAAACCAUGCAUUUAAUAAGAAAUCACGUUUUGGUACCCCCUGAAUUCUUAACAAUUACAAAAAGGGGGUUUUAUAAAUUAAAAACGACAUGAUAUGCUAUAUUACUUUUUGAUGCUCUUUGUGGUGUUUAAAAUUUCAGAAAUAUGGUUCUGAAAUUAACUUUGGAACCAUUAGAGGAGGAAAGUCACGUUUGAGAAUUUAAAUACAAAUUUUAUUGUUUCAAAUAAGGAUUAUAAUAUUGCUAAUAGAGGUUUCUAGAUGCAAUGAGUUUUGCUCGAUUGCUAUUCAGUUAAGAUUUAAAAUAGCUGAAUUAUUCUGUUUGGAAAACCGAGCCUGAGGGCGGACGGUUUCUGUGAGAGGUACUAGACGAUGUCUAGCAUUGGUAAACUCUCACUUUUGAAAUUCGAAGGCGAAACGUGGACUUUGUGCAAUGGUUAUGCGAGUGCGAGCUUUCUGUUUUGCCCAGUGAUCGGUUUCGUCCCGGGAGGUAGUGGUGCGUCUGAGCUCACAGUUGACGCACGCUCCUUUGGCUGUACUGGAGGGCCCACAGGGUAUUGGGCGGCACAAGGGCCCGGGAUUCUGUUCUGUUUCUGUUUGGGAGCGAGACUCCUGGUCUCUCCACCCGGGUUCCUAGAGAGACCAUGCUGCUGCAGCGGCGAUCUGGGAUAUCUCAGGAGGCUUCACUUCAGGUGCCCUCGAUCCGUUGGAUCGCCUGGUGAAGAGAUGUUCUGUUCUGCCCGUGAGUGCCCACGGGGAUUUCUGUUGCUCGGCACGAUGACCUUGACAUUGUCAGAGGACCAUGGUUGGAAGCCUACGAAAUUUUGGGAGGUUGUGCACACCUCGUUUUGUUGUUGAACAUGUGACGUUACUCUAAUAUGUGUUAAGAUUUGAAGAUAUUUGUUUUACAAAAACCAGAUAUUAUUUUGAUGGGCCAUGUUCCACACAUGGCUGGAUUUUCUCAUACUCAGAGGAAUUCU